ACCGUAGAGGCGAGGAACCGAAAUCUCCUGGGAUCAAGAGGGACACAAUGGCAGAGAAUGCAUCAUGCUGACUCCAGCUCAAACGCUGCCCAGGGCUUGUCUGGACAGGGGCACUAUAUAAGCCCAGGGAGCCAGUCCUGGGAGCCAGCGGCCCAUGGAGGAACUGUCAGCAUUCAGCGAGCGAGAAUUCAUCCCUGCCGCCAAGAUGGCUCAAACCAACCCCCAGCCAGGACAGCUUGGACCAUGGAAGGUCACCAUCUAUGACCAAGAAAACUACCAGGGCAAACGGAUGGAAUUCACUGCCUCCUGCCCCAACAUCAUGGAGUGCAGCUUUGACAACGUCCGCUCCUUCAAAGUGGAAAGUGGCGCCUGGUUCGGCUACGAGCACACCAAUUUUUGUGGCCAGCAGUUCAUUCUGGAGCGUGGCGAAUACCCCCGGUGGGAGGCUUGGAGCGGCAGCAACGCUUACCACGUUGAGCGCCUGAUGUCCUUCCGUCCCAUCUGCUCGGCGAACCACAAGGAAUCCAAGGUCACCCUUUUCGAGAAAGAGAACUUCAUGGGCCAGCAGUGGGAGGUUCACGAUGACUACCCUUCCCUGCAGGCCAUGGGCUGGGGGAACAACGAGGUGGGCUCCAUGAAGGUCCACAGCGGAGCGUGGGUUUGCUACCAGUAUCCAGGCUACCGUGGCUACCAGUACAUCCUGGAGGCUGACCACCACGGCGGAGACUACAAGCACUGGCGAGAGUGGGGCUCCCACGCCCAGACUUUCCAGGUCCAGUCCAUCCGGCGUGUCCAGCAGUAGGCCGGCUCGAGGACGGAAAGUCCGCUGCCGGUGGCCGAAGCUGAAAGAUUUCCUCUCCGUUCUUCCUGCUCCGUGAUGCGCAGGCCCUGAAAGUCCUCGGGGAUCCUGGGCUGGUUGAAAGUUCUUCUCGCCAGGAUCCCCUCCUGGCUGCCACAGAAAUGAAUAAAACAUCUUGGAAGGAAACAUGUGUCUCAGGCAGCC